AUGUCCUUCGCAAACGGCCAGCAUGCCUGGCCGCCGCCUCCUAUUAAUCAUGUCAACGGAAAUAGGAUGAAUCACCUCCUUGGCGAUGGUCCAGUGCCGACGCAGACCCCCAUCGAUCAUUCCCUGGCGUUGAUGCCUGAGGCAUCAUCUGACCUCGAGGAAGAGACCCGCCGCGCCCACUUCUCGGAUCUCUUUCGCAAAAGCGAAGCAAAGAUCGCGUUGAUGUUUACUGAGGAAGGAGGCUAUGAUUACUCUGCGAUAUCAAAUUUGAAGCGCCCAUCGCCCGUCUCCCCCGCAUCAUUACCCGCCCCCACCGACCAUGCGCCGAUCCAGGAACCGCCGCGCAAAAGGGCGAAGCGUGUCAUCGACGAGGAUGAUUACGGCGACGAUGAUGACGAGGAUGAAGAAGAUGAAGACGAAGGGAAUGCCCACGCUUCUCCCCACAAGUAUAAGAAUGCGGAUGGUUCCGCCACCAAGUUCCUUCUCUCGCCGUCCAAGUCCGGCAGCUCUCCGGUCCAUUCUGUCUCGUCGCCUGACAAGACGACCGACAAGGCUAAAGAGGAUGGGCCACAAGGGCAUGUGAAGACCUCGGAAGAUGCGCGGAAGGAGCUGGAGGAGGCGAGGAAUGCCACCGAGGAGGCUGCGAAGCGGAGUUUCCACACCCUCUUUUACACACUCGAGAACGACCGAACGGCGAUGCUGGAGCAGCAACAGCUGGAGGAGUCCGAAAAACAGCUCCAAGCCGAGAUGGACAAGACGAACAAUAAUGCUGCGAACAAUGGUCCUGGACAGAACCACGGUUCCCUUAGUAACGCGAACCUCGGCGCCUCGAGCCUGACCUUGAAACAUCUUAUUGCGAGGAUCGACAUCAAGCGCAACCUAGUCCGGGCAUCCGAUGCAGAGCUACGAUCUCUCAUGAAUGAAGUGCGGAAGAAUAGGAGCAAGUGGGCGAGUGAGGAGAACGUUGGACAGGAGGAGCUCUACGAAGCGCUGGAGAAGGUCCUCAGCGAACUGAAAGCGCACACGGAGUAUUCAACCCCCUUCCUCAACCGAGUAAACAAGAGGGAUGCGCCAGAUUACCACAACUUCAUCAAGCACCCUAUGGAUCUUGGUUCCAUGACCAAGAAGCUCAAGGGACUUCAGUACAAGUCAAAGGCGGAAUUCGUCACCGACCUGAACUUGAUCUGGGAUAACUGUCUCAAGUACAACCAAGACAUGGGUCACCCACUUCGACGGAUGGCCAACGGUAUGCGGAAGGAAGCGGAAAAGCUCAUUCCGUUAAUACCAGAUCUCGUGAUCCGUCCUAGGGCCGAAGUUGAGGCCGAGGAGCGCCGGAAACAAAACGGCGGAGAUGACGAUGGCGGCGACGACAGUGACGACGAGCCGAUUAUGUCAUCACGCGGCCGGAAAGCCGGCACGAAGGGGGCCAAUAAGUCUCGGAAAGCGCCUUCAGACCAGAAGGAGGGAAGCCCAAACGUUGAGCAGAAGCCAUUGCCCCAACUCAACGGCCUCCUCAAGUCGCAUCGAGAGGGCUCCGAAGUCGAGGGGAGCAAUGGCUUUGCGACUCCUCCCGUUGGUGGAUCCAUCACCCCCAGCGCAGUGAAUGGUCACUCCGGAAUCAGCAAUGUUGACGCUAUGGACAUCGAUGGGCCCUCCCUGAAUGGAAUCGCCUUGGGCCAGGCUCUGGGCGACGCAGCGGAGCAAGUAUACGAGGACGAGGAAUACAAAAUCUGGAAGCAGGUCACCAAGAAGGACCGAGCCCUGCUCGCUAAAGAGCGAUUCCAAAUCUUCAACAACAACAGACUUAAUGUAGAUGAACCCGCUCUGUUGCGGAACAAGGCAGGAAUGCGCCGGUUCCUAAAGGCCAGGAGGGAGGCCGAGGAGGCUGGCGUGUUGAGCGGUGUCCAAACCGAAGCGUCGGUCGCCUCUGGGAAAGCGGCAGAGACCCUUGCCGAGGGCAUGGAGGACCAGGUCGAGAGGACAGUCCCAGAUUACUAUGAACCGCAGACCGUGGUCCCGGAUAUCCCUCCCAAGCUCCGCUGGAUAGAGGACGGAGAGGGCCAAGUGAUCAACCAGCACGAGGAGUUCCUCCGGCUAGUUCCCGAGAGAUCAUUUGUCGCGCCCUCCAGCCGACUGACGAAGAAGUUCGACGACAAUAUCCGACAGAUGCAGGAGACCCGCAAGCUCUGUUCCAAGAUCGGUGUCAUCAAGCAGAUGCAGAUUCAAACACAGGUGUACUCGAAUCAAUUCCCCAAGUGUAAUCCGGAGCCUUUCGUAGAGGCUGAUAUUGAGCCUCAUUUCUUAUGCGGAGAGGGACCAGUUAUGGCCCCGGAGGUCUGCAGGUCAGCCAUGCAACGCUCCGUCGCUAAAGUUUUCUACCACGCCGGCUUUGAGGAGCUUCAGCCCUCCGCCCUCGACGCGAUCACCGAGAUUGCCGGCGAUUAUCUGAUGAAGCUGUCUCGGUCCUGCAAUGUCUACGGCGAGGCCGAAAAGAUUGUUGCCCCAGGGGCGAGUACUGAUAAACGCACCCGGUUCCAACCAAGAUUUACAUCUGAGGAGAUCCUCUUGCACGCUCUCGCAGAGAAUGGUUAUGAUGUCGAGGCACUUGAAACUUAUGCGAGAGACGAUGUCGACAGACUAGGGUCGAGACUCGGCGUCAUCCACGAGCGGAUGAAGGCUCACUUGGCUGACCUGCUACGACCCGCUCUCACCGACGUUGGGCCGGACGGUGCUGGUGCCUUCAACGACGGUAGCGAACAGUUUAUCGGGGGUGACUUUGCAGAGGAGCUCGGAGAGGAUUUCUUCGGGUUCAAAGCGUUGGGCCUCGACAAGGAGAUGGGUCUCGACAUGAUGUCAGUCCCCCUCCAUCUGCUUCAGUCGCGUGUGCGGAGCCAGUUCCAGAUGCAGACCCAGACAGUCGGGACCACAACCUCGGACCUGUUCGAAGCGCCGCCGCCGUUGGAACCUGUCACGAGGGAGAACAUCCAGGAACAAAUCGGCCUGGUCAAGAAUUUCUUCCUCGCCAAGCUGCACGCCAAUGGCGAUCAGCCGCUAGUGGAGGACGAAGAUCUGCCGGUCAAGCAACGGCGACCUCGGCCUCGCCUUGGCGCGACUGGCAAAAUUGUCUCGCCGCAGAAACGGCCGCCAAAGGAGCAAAUCGCGCUAGCCAAGAAGAAGAAGAAGCUCGAGUCUGGGCAGGCCCAAGUCACGGAUGGCAAAAACGCUGUCAAUGCCUCUCCAGAAAAGGGCAACACGCCUUCAAAGAGGCUGAAGAAUGUCACUAUUGCCAACGGUGUGGGCCCAAAUCACCUGCCACGAGCACCCCCGAUGGAAAGGCUUGAGAGCAUGCAGAGCCAGGGCAAUGCCAGUCAGACUGAUAAGGACGAUCCUGUCAGCAUGAUGAGCCCGGAGAGCAUUGAACGUUGA